AUGGUCCUUGCGAGUGAGCUCGAAGCGCUCCGCAACGACGGCUUGACGCUAUCUCAGAUAGCGUGGAAUCUUCAGUUUACGCGAUGGAUGAACGGCGCAGCGAUUUCUCUUCUGAUUUAUGACACAUUUUUGAUUUUGGGUGACGAGGUUGAACUUUUAUGGCCCAGGAGGUGGACUGUGAUUAAGGCGUUCUAUUUCUUGAAUCGGGCUCUUUGCGCAGUAUUUACCCUGGUCAACGCUCAACAAUUCAUCACUAUGCGCGCUGUCUCGGAUGAAUUCUGUCUCUUCAUCCUCUUUGGCGUCGGGUCCGCCACCUUUAUUUCGUUUGCUAUGUGCAAUUGGAUGCUUUUAGCACGAACUCGAGCAUUCGUAGGCCUCAAGCGUCCAUAUUUGGAUACCGCCCUCGUUGUCUACUUUGCAAUCUCUUAUCUCAUCACGGGCGUCCUGGCCAUCAUCACCUGUAUCCAAAUUCGCGACAAAAUCUUCUACUCUCCAACAAUUCGUAUCUGUGCAGCGUCUGUACACCCCAAAACGAUGGGCCUCAUCUGGAUCUGCCCGAUGCUUUUCGAGGCGACUAUAUUUAUUAUGACUACUUACAGCAUCUACCGCAGGACGAGAUCCAAUGGCGCUCAUUUCGGCUCCCGCCUCUUCUCCAUUCUUUUUCGCGAUGGUGUAUGCUAUUACGUCUCCAUCUGCCUCUUUCGCAUAUGGAAUCUUGUCGUGUGGAACCUACGACCCAUUUCCCUCGCAUUCACUGGUAUCUUCAUCCUCUGGUCCACCAUGUCUAUCGCCUGCUCCCGACUGCAGCUCAACCUCUUGAAAGCCACCACCGCCGACACGAGGACCCCCACUGGCAUCACAUCCGCUGUAACAGGCCGCGAGGUAGCGUGGAACCUCCAGCUCACACGGUGGAUGAACGGUGGGGCAAACCACUUGCCUGGUUUGAGGCUGACGAUGGCUGACGCUUCUGCAGCCGCUGCAAUUUCUCUUUUCAUUUACGAUGCCUUCUUGAUACUCGCUGACGAAGUGCGAUUACUCUGGCCCAAGAGAUGGAGUGUCAUAAAGGCGUUUUACUUCCUGAAUCGGGCUCUUUGCGCAUCAUUCGCCAUGAUAGCCAGUCAACAGUUUAUCAAUAUGAACACCGUUUCGGACGAAUACUGCGUAUUUUAUCUCUUGGGCAUCGGCGUCGCCUCAUCCUUCGCAUUUGCAAUGUGCAAUUGGAUAUUCCUAGCGCGGACUCGAGCUCUCGUCAGAAUCGAGCAACCGUACCUAGAUGUCGCAUUGGUCAUCUACUUUGCAAUCACCUGUGCCAUUACUGGCGUCUUGACCGCAAUCACGUCCUACCAAAUUCACAAAAGCAUAUUCUUUUCGCCAACGCUCCGUACAUGUGCGGCGGCCACUCACCCGAAAACAAUGGGUACUAUCUGGAUCUGUCCCAUGAUUUUUGAGACGACUAUUUUCGUCUUAGCAGCUUUCAAGAUCCAUCAAAAUACGAAAUCACGUAAUGGCCAUAUUGCAUCCCACCUCUUCUCCGUCCUCUUUCGCGACGGCGUAUGCUACUACGUCUCUAUCUGCAUUUUUCGCAUAUGGAAUCUGGUCCUGUGGAAUAUGCGGCCGGUUUCACCAGUAUUCACAGGCUUUUUCAUGCUAUGGUCUAUUAUGUCCAUCGCCUCAUCCAGACUACACCUGAACCUCCUAGCAGCCGCUAGUCCACUAGAAGACACAGGAGUAAGUACUGAUAUUCCAAUGAACAAUGAAGUUACGAUGUUUGGUCACCGAGGAGACGGGAACAGGUGGGCUCGUCGGAAUCGAUGGACAGUCAACUCUGGGGUGACAUCCAGGGGAAGAUAUGACAUUCGUCUCCACGCGAUUCUCUCCACAUUCAUCCCAUCUUUUAGUACCGUUUCCAACUUCACUGUGAAGGUCAGGCACAGUCAGGCCCUUGGGGCUCAAACAGAGAUGCGAACGAGCAUCGAACCCCGGAGAAACAUAGAAAUUGCCCCGGAUCCCACCUCUUCAUCCGCAUCUACUGGGUAG